AUGCAUAUCAGUCGUAACAGGAAACAAAAGGGCGACGAAGAAAGCUUAUUGCCCGGCAACGAUCCUUUUGUGAACCAACACUAUGGAGCUGUCCUCGAUUCACCGACAGCAUCAGCAGCCCCUCCUUCUCAUGUACACCAUCGUCGCCAUGUAUUCACCCAUUUGCAAGAGGACGAUGCAUCGUCACGCGGGAAUAGUGAAGUGGAGGAAUCAGGCACUCGCAACAAUGGCGAAGAGGUUGCAGCAGCAGCAUGUCGAAGAAAAGCAGCUCUUGCAGAAAGAAAACGACGACGUAUGCAUCGACACCAUCAUGCAGACUCCUCGGCACAGAUGCUUUUACCUAACAUCAUGCGGGGUAAAAAGAGCAAGAAAAAAGGAACAUCAUCAUCCAACAACAACAACAACAAUAGCAGCAAUAGCAGUAGCAGAACAUGCAGCGAUCAAGAAGAUAAUGACGAUAGCGACAACAACAACAGCACAUCGGAAAAAAGUAAUCAGCCUAUUCAUCCGGAUGAUGUCUUUAUGGAGGGUGAUGAUCUUUCUCGUAUUGCGACAGCCGAUCUUGUAUUACCUGCUCUCGAUCCACGGGCUGACGAAGUCAUUGCUACCGCUGCAUCUCAAAGAUCCCUUGACCAAUGGUUCAAACGACGCUCCAAUGUGAACUUUAGUACCGUGCGCACAAAAUAUAGAGCAAGUAGAAAAUCAGCACGUGACGAAAAGACAGAGGUGUACAGCCUAUUCAAUAGCGCGCGGCAUUACUUUCAUUGGCAUCCAUUCGUCUCCAGGAUACGCUCAAUUCUACUUGCCAACCAAACCAUUGUCCUCUUUGUAUACAUUGACUUUUUGGUGGAUUUGUUAUUUUGCCUUGCAUACACCGUUGAAAUGAAGGAAGAAUUUGAUGUGAAUCUCACACCCCCAUGGAUGUACAAGUGGCGAUCUUAUGAUUUAUGGUUCUUUUGUCAGGUGCUCACCUUUUGGAACCUGGGGUCGUUCCUGAUACGCAUCUUCUUGACGGGCCACCCCAUAUCCGUACUUAUCAGCUUCCGCUCUUUGAUUGAAAUGGUGACCACAGUACCCUUUUUAUCAUCGAAUUUUAUGGAGCAUGGUCAGCUGCUUUAUGUGCCCUACUUUUUACGCAGUUGGGUGUUGCUCCUACGGAUUAAAAGUGCAAUGAAGAUCAAAACCAAUCUCCAAAUGACAGAUAAACCGGUUGAUUUACUGAAAAGUAAAUUGAUUCACCUGAUUUGCACACUGAUGGUAUUGCUGUACAAUGGUAUGGCCGCAUUCCAGUUUUGUGAAGCCACCUUUGCCAAUGUCAAUUAUUCAAUCCUUGACUCGCUCUAUUUUGUGAUGGUCACCCUAUCAACCGUUGGCUAUGGAGACAUGACUGUGCAAACCGAAGGGGGUCGUGUGGUGGUGAUGUUGAUUAUUUUGACGUCAUUGGCCGUCCUGCCAAGCUUGGUUACAGAUGUCCUCGCGACCAAUCGUAAAAGGAAUGAGGGCGGUGGCCAUGUAUCCAGUGGAUCGAUGCCAUUCAUUUUGAUCGUGGGUGCCUUUCGCUUAGAGCAAGUGAACGAAAUAUUGGAUGGGUUCUUGAAUCGGGAAAAUGCAGAACGGCAUUUGAACGUGGUCUUUCUUGAUAUCAAUCGUCCUCCGGAUGAUCUCAAGCUCUUGGAAAGGAAUUCCAUGUGGGGGCAUCGUAUACAAUUCCUACAUGGUUCAGUGCUGAAUGAAAAGACAUUGCAACGAGUACGUGCACGCUAUGCAAAGGCUAUCUUUACUAUAUCAGACCAAAAUGCAAAGAUAGCUGCUGAGGAAGAUGAGCGUAAUACGGUGCGUCUAUGGUCGCUCUACUGCUACACCGUCAGUCAUAAGAUCCCCAUCUACUCAUACAACUUGUCUCCAAGCACGGCCAUAUACCAAAAGGUGGCAAAGGAAAUCAUCUGUGUCCGUGAGUUUAAGCAGUACUUGUUGGCCAUGAAUUGCCGCUGUCGUGGCGUUUCAACAAUGAUCACCAACUUGCUUCAUCAACGACAACCCACCAAUCGCUAUGACGAGCCCUGGCAAGCUCAAUAUGAUGAUGGUUCAUGCAAUGAGAUCUAUACCCAGCAACCUGCGCCAUACAUGGUCGAUAUGGAUUUUGGUCAUAUAGCAUGGAUGGUUUUCAAGGAAUGUCAAGUCAUUUUAUUUGCCAUCAAGACAUAUGCUGCUGAUCGAGACGAAUACGAGAUUCUACUUAACCCCAGCAACGACUAUAUUAUCAAGAAGGAAGAUCUAUGCGUGUAUAUAUCCGAGAGCCCUAAGGAGAUCAAAGAUAUCGAAUAUCUGAACCCUUCGUAUGUAACACGAACCAUUAACCGGAUGAGAACGAUGCCACUACAUAUGCCCAUGCCACAACAGCAAUGGCUAUCGAAUUUGCAACAACAACAACCACCCAUGCCCAACAGCGCUACUACCACUCCGUCUCAUCCUCCAUCUUCGACACAUGCAAAACCACCUCCAGAGCGAUACAAAUUAUCUCGACUUCCAACACCACGUCAUGCUUUGCUAACAGGAAGUCGUGCGCUUAUCAGCCGUCUUGGUCAAUCACCUGUGCCGCAUGCUCAUCAUCACACCUUGGACGACGAUAGCAGCGGAUCGUCGCUUAUGGAUGAUGUCUCAUUGCCACUCUCCUAUGUUUUGGAAGAACGUGUCGAUGAUGUCGAUAAAGUGACCAUCACAUCAGCAGCCAACAUGCGUGGUCAUAUUCUUGUUUGCGUUCAUCGUGAAGUCGUCAACAUUUUCAAGUUUAUUUAUAAUCUCAGAUCACCUCACAUGCGACCUGAAGCAUUGCAAGACAUUGUCAUUCUUUGUGCUACGCCACCCAAGCCGAAAACAUUCGAGCUGAUUAGCAUGUUUCCCAAGGUGUACUUUAUAGUGGGCGAUUGCAGGCAACCGGAUGAUCUUCUUAAAGCAGGUGUAAAACGAGCCAAACAAGUGGUGGUGAUGAGUGAGAAGGAUUGCCUUGACGAGUGCGAAUAUAAUUCGGAUAGUCCUGCAAUUAUGACGAGUCACAUAAUUGAUCUUUUGGUUCAAGAGCGUGCGGAAGGUGCCUAUACCAUUGUGAAUUUAGUGGAGAAAUCCAAUAUCCGCUUUAUGCAUUUGCUUCAAGAGAAGGAUGUUGCCGAGGAGAUUGAUGUAUUUUACACACCUGCAUACGCUGCUGGCGACGUGAUUGCAGACAGCUUAAUCAACAAUGUGCUGCUCAGCCAAACAUACUACAAGCCCGAUAUUGUAUCCAUCAUCAAGACAUUGUGUGGCAUGCCAGGUCCUCUUCUUGAUGGAUCAGCCGCCCAUUUAAUGUCAUCGUCUCAGGAUUUCAGCACGGUGACUUCAGCCAUGAUCCAUGCACCCCAUCUCACCAGCAUACCAAUGCCUCCCGAAUUUAUCGACCAUACGUUUGCAUUCAUGUUUGAAACAUUAUUGUUGGGCUAUGGGAUCAUGCCACUCGGCUUGUUACGUGCUGCUGAUGAUUCUCUUGGCAACGAGCUUCCAUUUGUUUAUACCAACCCUGUGCCAUCGCUUAUUCUUAAAGCCACGGAUCAGGUCUAUAUCCUCUCCUCGCCUCAGCUUGGAUAUUGUUAA